AUGCUGGUUUUCCAGCAGCUGGAGGUGGACUACACAUUUGGGGCGCCCCAUCCAGUGUACUACCCCACCGACCUCAAGGAGGUGCCCGUGGUGCGGAUGUUUGGCGUCACCGAGGCCGGCAACUCGGUGGCCGCCUUUGUGCACGGCUUCGAGCCCUACUUCUAUGUGGAUGCCCCCUCAGCAGCCUUCUCCCCUGACGACUGCCAGGCGCUGGCCGCAGAGCUCAACGCGCUGCUGGCGGGGCGGGACAAGAGCCGCAACCCUCGGCAGUGCCUGCGAGUGGAGCUGGCACGGAAGCAGACAAUGAUGUACUACCAGCCGCAGCCCUCACGCCUCUUCCUCAAGAUUGUGCUCUCCGUCCCUACCCUGGUCACAACCUGCAAGAAGCUGUUUGAGGAAGGCAUCAGCCUGAAAUGGAUGGGCAACGGCAAGUACUACCGCAGCACCACAUACGAAUCCAAUGUGCUCUAUGCCCUGCGCUUCAUGAUCGACUGCUCCGUGGUGGGCGGCAACUGGGUGGAGCUGCCGGCGGGGAGCUACAUGCUGGUGGCGCCGCAGGGCCACCAGACGCACUGCCAGCUGGAGGCGCACCUGAACUACAGCGAGCUGGUCAGCCAUGCUCCAGAAGGGGAAUGGGCCAAGAUGGCGCCCUUCCGCAUCCUGUCGGUGGACAUCGAGUGCCAGGGCCGCAAAGGACACUUUCCCGAGCCGGAGCACGACCCCGUCAUCCAGAUUGCCUCCCUGGUCACCGAGUUUGGGAAGAAGCAGCCCGCCGUGCGCAACAUCAUGACGCUCAAGUCGUGCGCACCCAUCACCGGCGCAGAGGUGAUGUCGUUUGAUGACGAGAAGGCGCUGCUGCUGCGCUGGCGCGACCUGGUGCUCGAGGCGGACCCCGACAUCAUCAUCGGCUACAACAUCGUCAACUUCGACCUGCCCUACCUCCUCAACCGUGCCGACACCCUCAAAAUCCCGCAGUUCUGGACCUGGGGCCGCCUGCGCAACAGGAGGUGCCGCAUGAAGGACGCGCGCUUCUCCAGCAAGGCGUAUGGCACCCACGACUUCAAAGAGAUCAGCAUUGAGGGCCGGGUGCAGUUUGACCUGCUGCAAGCCAUCCAGCGCGACCACAAGCUCUCCUCCUACUCCCUCAACUCGGUGUCUGCCCACUUCCUGGGGGAGCAGAAGGAGGAUGUGCACCACAGCGACAUCAGCAAGCUGCAGGACGGCAACGCCGAGUCGCGCCGCCGCCUCGCCAUCUACUGCCUCAAGGACGCGUACCUGCCUCAGCGCCUGGUGGACAAGCUGAUGUACAUGUACAAUUAUGUGGAGAUGGCGCGCGUGACGGGGGUUCCCAUGUCGUACCUGCUCAGCAGGGGCCAAUCCAUCAAGGUCUUCUCCCAGAUCCUGCGCAAGUCGCGCACCAAGAACCUGGUGGUGCCCAACAUGAAGCGUGGCGGCGACCCCAACGAGGGCGUGGCAUAUGAGGGUGCCACGGUGCUAGAGCCCAAGGCUGGGUACUACGACAAGCCGGUGGCCACGCUGGACUUUGCCAGCCUGUACCCCUCCAUCAUGAUGGCGCACAACCUCUGCUACACCACGCUGGUGCCCAAGGGGCACGAGAACAUGUUCCCCAAGGAGCACCUAACGAUCUCGCCCAAUGGCGACACCUUUGUGAAGUCCUCACUGGCCACCGGGGUGCUGCCUGAGAUCCUGCAGGAGCUGCUGGCGGCGCGCAAGCGUGCAAGAAAGGACAUGGGGGAGGCCACUGACCCCUUUCUGAGGGCGGUGUUCAAUGGGCGCCAGAUGGCGCUCAAGGUCUCCGCCAACUCGGUUUAUGGCUUCACGGGCGCUACCGUGGGUGCCCUGCCCUGCCUGGAGAUCUCCUCCUCUGUGACCUCCUUUGGCCGAGAGAUGAUCAUGGAGACCAGGCGGCGCGUGAUGGAGAAGUACAACCGCGCCAACGGCUACACCCACGAUGCCGACGUCAUCUACGGAGACACCGACUCGGUCAUGGUGUACUUUGGCGUGGACGACACCGCCGCCGCGAUGCAGCUGGGGCUGGAGGCGGCAGAGGAGGUCAGCAAGGCCUUCAUCAAGCCCAUCAAGCUUGAGUUUGAAAAGGUAUACAAUCCCUACCUGCUAAUCAGCAAGAAGCGGUAUGCGGGUCUGCUGUGGACGAAACCAGAGAAGUGGGAUAAGAUUGACACCAAAGGCAUCGAGACGGUGCGACGCGACAACUGCCUGCUGGUGCGCAAUGUGGUGACAACCUGCCUGGAGAAGAUCCUGGUGGAGCGAGCGCCUGGCGAAGCGUGCGAUUACGUCAAGGGCGUCAUCUCAGACCUGCUAAUGAACAAGUUGGACCUGUCGUUGCUGGUGAUCUCAAAGGGCCUCACCCAGGAUGCAGAUGAUUACGAGAACAAGGCGGCGCACGUGGAGCUGGCCAAGAAGAUGAAGAAGCGUGACCUGGCCACGGCGCCAGCAGUGGGCGACCGUGUGCCGUACGUCAUAGUCAAGGCUGCCAAGGGGGCCAAGGCAUAUGAGAAGGCGGAGGACCCCAUCUAUGCGCUGAGGAACAACCUGCCCAUCGACUGCCAGCACUACCUGGACCACCACCUGGCGCAGCCACUCAUGCGCCUGUUCGAGCCCAUCAUGAAGAACCCAAAGGAGCUGCUGACGGGUGCUCACACCCGAUCCAUCAUGGUUACCACGCCAUCGGUGGCCUCGGGCGGCAUCAUGAAGUUUGCACAGAAGCGGCUCACGUGCCUGGGCUGCCGCGCGCCGCUGGGCAAGAGCGAGCAGACGGUAUGCAAGCACUGCAAGGACAAGGAGGGCGAGGUCUACCAGCGCACAGUGCUUGGGGUGAACGACCUGGAGGCGCAGUUUAGCGCGCUGUGGACGCAGUGUCAGCGAUGCCAGGGCAGCCUACACCAGGACGUGCUGUGCCGAUCGCGCGACUGCCCCAUCUUCUACCGCCGCAUGAAGGUGCAGAAGGAGCUGGGUGAGGCACAGGCCACGCUGCAGCGUUUUGAAGAGUGGUAG